AUGGCUGCCGGUAAAGCAGCGACCUCUUUCGACGAUAUUAUCCGAGCCGGUCGCCAAAAGAAGAAGAAUGAAGAGCUAGCAAGUCAGAUCUUAGGGAAGAACAGGAGAGCCAGCGCGCCAGGCUCCGGCGCUGUUGGGAAGAAAGCUCAGAAUCAGAAUGCGACACCUAGGAGCCUAGCAAGCAGGAUUGGUGUCACAAAGGUAACAACACCAUCGCCAAACAGCAAACCGGCUGUGUCCGCAGCGCCUCCUGCACCCUCGAAAGCCCCGCGAUCCAAGUCCGCGAACAAGCGCCGUCUAGAUGAAGAUCGCUUGAUUUCAGCUCUCAACCCUGCGAACGGGCAGUCGGUAAUCCGGGAUUACACCGGGGGGAUGAGCAUCAAGGGGGCGAGCUCCGGGCCGUUCGUUGUCAUUGGAAGCAAUUUUGCACCUGGUACCACUGCGGCAGACAUUCAAUCAGCCUUAGAACCGGUUUGCGGCUCGGUGAUGAAUUGUUGGAUUGUUUCACAGUACCCAGCUGUGACUGCUGAGAUUACUUUUGCGGAGAAGUGGUCUGCAGAGAAUACCGUCGCUAACUUUCACAACCAGAAGGCCGAUGGUAGGGUUCUUUCCAUGCGCUGGAAGCCAGCUGGAGCAGCGUCAGAUUACAACCCUCAAGCAUCAUCUUUCAAUGAUUUCCGUGAACAGGCCGACCGACAACGCCGUAAUCGCCACGCGAACCCCGCGAUACAGGAUGGAACACAUGGAUUUCAGGACCAUGGACUCUACAGCGACCAAAUGAUGGUUGAUGCUCCGACUCAACCCCGUGGGAGACGACACCGAUAG